CCCACGCGACGCCUGGCGUCGCUCAGCGCCGCCAAACCAGUGUCAGCGUCGCUUAAUGAAUUAAUGCUGCAAACAACAAAGCUCUAGGACUGCUGUUUAAAGGUGUACACAAAUAAUGUCGAAGCUGUUGUGUGCAAAAUAGUGUAAAAUGUGUGCACUUUAGCGCCAUUAAAAUGAAAAACAGCUCGGACGGCUUGUUUGGGCUUCCAACUUAUUGAUUGUGCUUUCAACAAGAUGAUGUUCGGGACGAAAUUGUUAAACCCGACGAGAAAAUAAUAAAUUAGGGGCAGUGUGUGUCUUACACAUGCAUUUUUGGAUUGACAAACGUAGUCAAGGAUGUGGGUUUAGUGGCAGACGACUGGUGCCUCCAUCAUUCUAUGGGUACGGCCGUAAUCCGAGAUUUGUGUGCAGCGGCUUUCAUCCAAAACCGAUGGUAACUCCAGUACAUCGCUUUCAGUCUAUUGAGAGUGUGGCCAACAAUGGUUUGAGAUACGCGCGGUCUUCGGGGUACCAUUCCAGAGCGCCCCUGCACUGCCAGCCAUCUGUCCACUACAAUGGGGCAGCUACGAGCGUCCGCAACAACACUCAAAUGGGGCGCUCUCUGGAAAUAAUAACAGGGGGGCAAAUCCACACGCCCACCCCUCGGAGACACACCACCCCGACGGCCAAGUUCAAAUGCGGCGUGUGGGUUUUUUUCGCAAUAGUGACGUUCUUUAUAGCUGGUGCCAAAUACUACUUUCACGGGGUCAACAUUGGGAUGGAAGCGUUCGCUUUCUGCUCCCUUUUGGUAAUACUUUUGAUAAUUGGAGGUUUAGUCUCGUUGUACGAAGCGAUCACGGCGACUGCGAACGCGCCACAGGAGGAGAGCGUGGCCGUGGCCCCCGUUAAUGACCAGGAGGAAACUCACAACCAAGUGCCAAGCUCGCUCAUGCCGCCCGCUUCUGCUGAAUUGCCGCCGCCUCCGUACCACAUUGCCAUCAUGUUGCCUUCGCAAAAUGAUACCGAAACCGUGCAAAUUAUACGGGAUUCCCCGCCGCCCUCCUACGAAAAGGCGGUCACAUAAUGUUGCCAAGGCGAGGGUUGGUCGCGUUCUGUUAACUCCCGGACCCCGCAGGCAGCACACCCGCAAAAUAAAUAACAAAUUAACGGGGGACUAACUCCAACCCUUAAUAAAAAAUUAUUUAUUUUUUAAAAACGGUUGUUGAGAAUUACAUUUGAUUCAUAAAAAUCUGGAAAGCCUCAAUAUUGUUGAAACUUUCUUAGUCUUUUUUUUAUAAUCUAGUGGACACUGAUAGUCUGUCGCAAUAAAUUAAUAUUUAAUUUAUUUAUUGAAAUAAAAAAAAUAUAACGCGGUGGCGCUGCCUGCCCUUUACUGUUACCUACUGUACUAAACCACUGAACAUUUAAACCUUCUCACUGUAUGACACGAAACCAGGCAGGGUGAUUUUGCUUAAAUACGUUAGACAGACCUUACAAUGUUCAAGAAAUGUGAUUUGGCUGUCUUUUAUCAGUCAAUUUUGUACAUACUUUAUGAAGAAAGCUGUGAAUUAUUUGAAUAAGUUUAUUAAGCAUUCCAUGUGUUUUACUUUAUCCAGAAAUAUCAAAAAACGUGCCUGUAUUAUUUAAUAUAUACACUGUGUAAAUUUCUCAUAAGUUACUCUCGUGUGUAGUUUUUGAUAUAUUUGUAAUUACUUUUUUUUAAGACAAUCAAGAGGUAAAGUGUGCGUUUGUUUCUUCCACCAUAUAUACAUGUCUGUAAAAUAUACUAUAUUUAUUACUUUUUACUGUAAUAUUAUCUCGUAAGCUGUUGUACAAUUUACAAUUGUAACUUUGUGUUUGAUAAGUGCAGGGUGUUUGGAAAAACACGUGCAAGUAUUAAAUACAAGUAUUUUCAUCUUUGUCUACUUCUGCAUACAUAUUAUAUACAUGUGAAAUACGAUAUUCAAUGUAAUAAAUUGUUUAAACGCC